AUGGGCACUUCUCGAGGUCUCAAAGUUUGCUGUGCGGUGACUGCAAUUUUCAUAGUUAUGAUUGCUAUAAUUUUCACUAUUUUGGCCUUUACUGUUUUCAAACCCAAGGACCCAGAAAUCACAAUUUACCCUCAAGGCCUCGAAAACAUUGGUUUUGGUCUAGGAGGGAUUUCGAAUUUAAGCACAGCAAACGUUAACGUCUCGGUAGCGAUGAUCGUCGCCAUUAACAACCGUAAUUAUGGGAGCUUCAAGUUCAAGAACGCAACGGCUUUUGUAAACUAUCGUGGGGAUGUGGUUGGCACGGUUCCGAUCGAGCAAGCGCGGGUUCCCGCACAUGGGAAGCUGAAUAUCAGCACUGUCGCGGCUUUCAUGAUGGAUCGGUUGACUGCAAACGCUUCGUUUUGGGAGGAUGUUUUGGCGGGUUCCGUCAACUUGUCGACGGAUGCGACGAUGCAUGGGAAGGUGACCAUGUUUAAGGUUUUCAAGAUUCAGGCAUCGGUUCCUAGCAGAUGUGAUAUCUCCCUUUUUAUCCAAUCUCAAAGCGUUGAGUCGAUUUGUAAGACCAAAAUUAAGCUCUAA